GUCAGAUUUUCUGCUGGUGGCUGUAGGAACAACAACACUGAAAACACUAAGUACAUGUGUGUUGGUCUAUCAGAGGCGAACUUUGAUCAAACUAACAGCCGCGAAAAGACUCUCAUUCGUUCAUUUAAAGGAUAUUUCUAUUUAACGGGUUUUCCAUCAUGUUCACUUCGUGGUAAGUAAAAAUGGGCGUUGACUACACUUUCAUAGAGAGCACAGCCACUGAUUUGUCGUUAAACAAACAGAAAGCUAGCUCACAUUAGCACACUGUACUCAGCACCGGCAAGUGUUAAUUCUGAAAAAGAACUAAGAAAGAUUUGUUUUAUCUUAAACUCCUAAGUGUAUUUCUUUAUCAUAUCGAAGUCAACCGAAAAGUUUUACGCCUCCAAAGCUAACACGAGAAGAAAAAGUUCAUUGAAAACCUGUGGCAGCUAACAUAGCUUCAUAUCAAUUCACUUGCUACUCAGGACUUAAAAUUUCUGUACGUAUGAGAGUAAUAUGCUGUAACUUUAUGUCAUUUGGUUGACACUUACCACGUUACCCUUAAGACCGAUUUAUGACAUAUUUUCAAUCAGGUUCAACGUGAUUAAAAACCACAAAUGUCCAUUGGCUCGUUGGCUAAUUUAGCAUACUAACUUCCGCAGGCCCAACCCGAUCCAGCGGUUUUCCUGAUUCUCGAAGCCGCGGCACAGACUCAUUAUCAGGCACUCACCCGUCUUCCCGCCCGUUUGAGCCUGGAGGAACACCGCCACCUGGUGACAAGCACCUAACAUGACAGGUAGGCAAAAACCAAACGGUUGUGCACCUGUUAAUAACCCCGAGGACAAAGUUAAGACACUGGGAAAUUUGAAACCACGAAAAAUACAUCAAAGUGGACUUCUGGAGCUGAAAUUGUUUUGUAUUCUGGCUUAUCCGUAUUCAUAGUAACUCCUUAACUUUGAACGUGUAAUAUCAGUGUAACAGAUGCACGUGUUUAAGUGUGUGAUGUGCCUCUGAAGUGUUUUUGGCGUGAAUUUGCGUUAAAAGUACUUACCAGACGUUUUUCCUGUGUUGGUAUCUGCUGAUGGCCACAUUCUUUGAACCUCAAGCCCACUGACUGAAUGUCUGUCCCAUGGUGCCCCUCUCUCCCUGCCUCUCUCUACCCUCCUCUCUUUGGGUGGAUAGUGAGGUCCAUUGUGCUAGUGAGAUGUUUAUUAAUGAGAGAGGCACAGACAGAGGGCAGAACUGCUAUUGAAGGAAUUAUUGCUAAUCUCUUGUUUAAUGCCAUCAUUUGUGCUCAUUCUAAGGUACAGUUAUAGCCCCAAGAUAGGUGCAUGUUGGUCCUCUGUGAGAAGUCUGUGGAUUUCUGAGUUUGUCUAAGUGUUUGACUUCCUCUUGGAAUGUUGGGAUGCUUACUUUUGGAAGUUUGUGAGAGAAUUUUGAGAAACAAGCCAGAGGUCAAGUCUGCAGUCUGCAGUAUUGGAUACAUAUUUUUGUCUUCUAUUGCAAGUUUUUUUUUUUUUGUGCGGUUGAAAACAGUAUUUUGCUGUUGAGAGUUUGUUUGCCUGCCAUGCCCUUGCCUGCGCCUGAUGUCCCGGCCUCUCAGAGGCUGGCACUGGACUAUCGUACCCUUCUGGACCAUCGUGUUGGCAAGGGUAAGUGGCAACAACCUCUCUUCUGUUCUCGCAGUUGCCCUUUGCUCUUGUUUCUAAAUUGCACAUACAAAGAAAAAAAUCUCACUACAGGUAUGCUUUCUUCCCUACAAAAAUAUGGAUCUUAUCAGUUGGUGUUUUUGACUCACCCUGGGCUGCUUUUGUAAAAGAGACUCUAUUAUUCCUCAUCAAAAGGACUUGGGCUGUGAUUGUUACUUGACGCAGUUUGCUGCAGAAUAGAGUUGAUCGAGGUGACAUGUCUUUAAGGACAUUACAUUGUUAUAUGCUGCUCUUUUUUGUUGACUGAGUCUUAUGAUCUUGCAUUAGCAAAAGCCCUUUGAUCAAUUUGUCCAUCUAUCAUGUGCAUGUAGCUUCAGAGGGAGUAUUGCCGACUACGCCAACAAUCAGACUUCCUGGCAUGAAAGAGUGAGAAACACAAUGCAUGAUUGUUGAUUGUUCAAAGUGAUAUCACACAGGGCCGCUGUUAUUAAACUCAAAGAAAAUACAUGAAUUCACGAUGCUCAGGACUUUCUGCAAGAGGAGUUAUAUAAAUACAUCUACUCCAAGCAGCUGUGAAAUUCAGCUAAUUAUAGCCUCAUGCAUUAAAAGUAUGCAGCUCAAGGAGGAAAGAUAAAUGUCUGAAUAUGUGAUUACAAGCAUAAAGUGCUUGUAGUUGAAAAUUUGUGAAAAUUCGGAAUAAAAUUGCAAUUAUAAGCGGCUGACUCAUCAUGCAGUUUACAUGUGUUAACCACAAAUCUCUAGGUAGUCAAUUUACUGAGCAUCAUGUUUUUGUCUUACAUUUGUCACAGUCUUAGCUGAGUGGCUGCAUCGCUAAAAGCAUCAAUGAUUUAAAGUGAUGUUGACAUCCAGGACAUAAACUCUGCCAUCUGGUAAAAACAAGCCAGCAUUAGGGGAAGAUGUACUGAGAGUUUGCAGAAUAUUACCUCUUUAGUUUUGCAUUUUUUUCAUUGUUACAAAUGUCAGCACCAGUACCAUCAAAUAUUUUCUGCAAUUUAUCAGCAUAAAAAAAGAAAGGAAAAAAAAAAAGCUUGAAUAUUUUAUAAGGGAUCCAGUCGGCGGUCUUGUGGUGGACAGUGCAAACAGAAUGAUUUCUUACCCUGAUAAUACAGGGGGGAAAGAUGAGAAUUUUUGUACUGGACUCAGAAAUACAAGCAAAUAUAGAAGAAAGUUGCAUAAGCAUGGAAGGAAAAGCCGUCUGUAAGUAAAGCAGCAGGCAUGAGAAGAUUAAUGAUGGAGAGGAGGGAGAGAGUGAUGCUGGCAGGGGGUGGAGAGAGAGGGAGAAGGGGAGAUUGCGUGGGUGGGAGGUCUUCUCCCUUUCUAUCCCAGUGGUGCACAUUUCUGUCUCUUUCUCCCUUUGCUUCUUUUCUCCACAACUGAGAGAAACGAUUAGAAGUGAGGCGGGUGUUGUUUGUGUGCACGGCUGCCUGCAUGUGAAAGCUGCACUGCUCCCCUGAGAAGGAGCGCUGUUGCAGAAGACGAAGGGAAAAUCCAAGGUCAUCACGGCACGCUUCUCUCUGACGUUUCCCCUUCCUUUCUCAGCCCCUUUUUUUGCGCUCGUGUGUACAUGCCUGUUAAUGUGUGUGUGUCUGCACAGCAGUGAGCGUGUGUGUAAUUCAUCGCAUCAAGCUAGGCUCUGCACCAAUCAGGGUGCGCAUUUUAGCUCCAAGCACACGUGCAGGCAUCCAUGCCAGAGUGAGUGGUGCAUCUGUGUGUGAGUGUGUGUGUGUGUGUUGAGUGUGUUUUCAGUGCUCCUCAGCACAGCAGUGUGUCUGCAUGAGCGGCUGGAGCUGCAUUUAGGAAACAGAAGCGUCUGUAGUGAGGGACUCCAACGCCAGGAGCGAUGUACGGUAAGAAUAACAGUCACUCUUGUUUGUGCAUUUGUGUGUGUAUUUAGGCUGUGUAAGCAUGCUAGUUAUGUGAAGCAUGUAACGUUCAGCCAGUUUUCCUGCAUUCUGUAAACGCAUUUGCUCUCAGCUCUUGUGUCAGAGACUCCUGCUGUCACUAGAGUGUUGUUCCUCCUAAAGGCACAUCAUGAGAACUUGGACUCUUACAAGGAUAUCUCUCUGUUCAAUUUGAUCUGCUAACAAAACGGAGCCGCUUGGUGGAGGAUGUUUUUCUUUGGUAAUUGAUACUCUUAUGGUCUAACACUUUGUAAACAGGUUGUUUCCUCUUGUUUAAUUUGAUAUGUCAAUACUGAAGAGCUGUCUGCACUUGUCACACAUGUAGCUAACUGUCACGGGUGUAGCGAAGCUUAUUGUUCAGAUAUCUAAACUUACUUUGAAAGGAUGUUUGGCGUGCUUUAUAAACAUGUUGGUAUUUCCUGUAACGGUGUUGGACGAUGAAAAACACUCAUGCUUUCAUUGUCCUCUGUUCCUGUGACAUUACUGGGACAUGUUGAUAUAUGAUUCAUUGAUCAGUGCUAAUUAAAAACCUAGCUAUCUUUGCUUUGGGUUUGGGCUGUUGAUGGAAAAAUCUUUGGUGUGAGGGCUGAUGUGUGUCAAUACAGAGGCUUCCCGCUAGAAAAUAAAGCUUGGCUCAACUUCCUCUUGAGGUUUCGGUAAGGAAUUGGAGCUCUGGGCUUGAGUGCUUCAUAACUCAGUUUCAGAUUCGUGGUGUGCUGUGUUGGCCUGUCCUAAGAGUCUCUCAACACCUGGGUCUGUCCACUACUAUGCUGACCACAUGAAGCCAACAACUACACUAGAUCGGAUGUGUGCUUUGAAUUUAAGAUGUUACGUUGAUAGAUGGCUGAAAAAGUGUUUCUACAAGCUGUGAUUGCGGUGUGUGUUUGUGAGUGAAUUAGCUCAGGAUACAUUCUGAUAGAUAGGGCUCUUCAUUGAAGAGAGAAGUGGGAGAUAGAUUGAAGACGUGCUUGUGUAUAUGGAACAAAUUUGAACAGUUGUCACUAUCCACAGGCCGCUGUGAUGAAAAUGUACAUUUCUUCCUCUUUGUCACGCAUUCCCUAAUGCUAUAAGCCUCUUCUCCAUCAUCCUCUCUUCUUCUCCUCCUCUUGUAGCUCAGUGAACAGCAGCUUCUAUGAAUAUUGGUCGGCUGUUGAAUCAGCCCUCCUCAUAAUUUAUUAUUUGCUCACACUCACCAUGCCUUUUGUCAUCCCCCCAUGUUUGUAUACCCUUCUGUGUGUGCUUGCAUUUAAAUGUGUGAAUCAACUGUUUGAAGAUGUUUCAUCCCUCUUUGUUUGCUGAUGUACACAUAAAUAGCAGGACUUGUCUACCCCCCCUCCCUUAUGUAAUGACACCCCUGAAGGACAACAUGCUUUGUAACCACCAUGAGAAGUGUUAAGUAUUCAGUGCAGGUUUAUCAGCACGUGUGUUUGCCUUUGUGUUUGUAUGUUUGUGAACCCAUGACCCCAGGUGAAGGUGAGGUCCUAAUGUGUAAUGACAGUUAUGUCUGUAGACCACACCACACAAAUCGACACUCACACUCAUUCACAUACAGAUCCAGAGUGUAUGUAAUAUUCUCCUUGCGGGGUGACAGGACUAUAUUUACUCUCUCUUGUCAGCCACGUGACUGUGGAGACAAGAGAGCAGCUUUUUGGAUAGCAGGUGCAGAUAUGGCACUGCAAGAUGCAGAGGACUACUUCUCACACAUUUGUUGUUCUGUGUAUAUGUGUGUGUGUGUGUGUGUGUGUGUGUGUGUGUGUGUGUGUGUGUGUGUGUGUGUGUGUGUGUGUGUGUGUGUGUUUGUGUUUGUAAUUAGUUAGACUUUUUCAUUAUAUUAUAUAACAUCUCAUGUCUCUGCAGGACUUAUUAAUUUGUUUGGUUUGUUUUAUGCUGUUGUCCAGUGCUAACCGAGGACUCCUAUUAACACAUGAGCAUUUUGUGCAAGUGCGUGAAAACGUUUUUGACACUUAAAUUUUAAAACAUGUCUUUUAGGUUAUGUUAUCCCACUCAUUUCGCUCACUUCAGUUUGCAGUAUUUUCUUCCCCUCUUUGUUAUUUCGCUCCGUGAACAUGUAAAUGUGAAGAUGACAUUAGGGGAGGGAGAAUAGAGGGUGUGAUCUGUCAAUUGGGACUGUAAUCGACCAAAGAAAUUCUUGGUCGACUAAAAAAACCUGAAUUUUUCGACCAAAGAUCGACUAAUCGGGGGAGUAUUUUUCCGACUCUGACAGAAAACCCUUCUGCUACGGGGUACGACGCGGCUCGGAGGAUCGCGGCUCGCCGGGGUGAAAAUAUACUGAUAUCAGCACAAGAAGGCAAUUACACACGAUGAAAGUUGAAAAGCUCGAAAUAAAAACAAAUAUUCGACAAACCACCGGACGAUGAUUUAAGUGGACGUGCCUCAAUAUUCCUGUCUCCAGCCGGUCUCCAGCCGGUUGGGUGAAUCCAAAAUGGUGAAAACAAAGGGGGUGUUCGGAGACAGUUUGCUAUCUGUGAAACGGGGGUGCUCUGAAGACACCCCCAUUAGCUCUUGGUACGUUCCUCCUGAUUAAAUUAACCAUAGACUGUAAAUUGAUGCGGAAUUUUAGUCGACCCAGCACGUAUCGACCAAGAAGUCGACCAGUCGACUAGGACUUUAGAGCCCUACUGUCAAAAUAUCAGACUGCUGUUACAAGGAUGAUGAAAGAGCAUUUUUAUUCAGGCUUUUGGCAUUUAGUUUUGUAGUGUGUUGUUAAGCGCUUUGGGUAUUUUGAAAGGCGCUAUACAAAUGUAAGAUAUUAUUAUUAUUAUUAUUAUUAUUAUUAUUAUUAUUAUUAUUAUUAUUAUUAUUAAGGAUUAUGAAAGAGCAUUUUGAGAAGCUGAGUUGUUUCUUAAGGUAUGCACAAAGGUCACAUAUUUAGAUAAAUCCAUGUAGGCAAGUAGGUGUAAGGUAACAACAUUCAAACACUGAAACAACAGAAAUCACAGAAGCCAAAGUUCCCUAACUCUAGUGUCCCCUGCCUCAAAGAGCUGCCUGCCUCCUCUUUAAUGUCUACCAACAACCUGUAAUUUGGUGUUCUCUGUUUUACGCUCAUCUGUGAGUGCGCAAGCAUACUGUGGGGGUUUAUACAUGUAGCUGUGGAUGUGCUUGCUGUUCAGCCCCUUAAUGUGUUGCCAGUUCGCCACAUGCAGAGUGGGUGGAAGUCGUGAGACCCCCUAUGUGUGCUUUUUCAACGCUGUCAUCUGAAUUCUUCUCGUACACCCACCUGGUGUCUCUCUGUUAGUUUUUUCACACUAACCCAAGAUCCUCAAUAGCAGAGACGCAGAGACACAAAACAGCUCUCUUAUUGUUGAGGCAGCUGGAGGGACUUCCAACAGAAACAUGCUAUCACAACAUAUUUUGAAGUCUCAUGCACACUGAAGGUAGAAUAAGCCCUUUGACUUUAAAAUAUUGUAGGUUUUUAGUACCUCUCAAGUCUUUCCUAAAGUAGCACUCUUUCCUGUGUUGUGUUACUCCUCUUUCCAAAAUAUCUCUUCUGGUGACAGAGAGGACAGGACAGAUUUGAGCUGGACAGAAAAUGGAAUAAGUAGCUUUAAUCUGUGACUCACUCUGCAUCACACAGUCCACCUCCCCCAUCACACUUCCAUCUCUGUCUCUUUUUCUUCUGCCGCCUGUGUCCCAAUCACUUUUUUGUCCUCCACCCUUUUUCCUCUCCACACAUGGGACCCGCUGCUGCAUUUUCAUUAAUUCAUUGGCGACUCCUACUCGCAGGGCCUGGGGCCAAUACAGCAAGGUGGUGGAGGGAGGUUGUGUGGUGGAAGGAGGAAGGGGCGGAUGGAUGAAGAGAGGAAGGGUGAAGAAGAGAUGCAGAGGUCUCAUUAGUAUUUGAAGUGAUGGAGGGGUGGCACUAUGUAUAGACACACAGCUCUCAGAGAUAAGCCGGGGCUCCAGCAGAGCUGCUGCAGAUUUGAACAGCCUGGAAACAGACGGGUCUUUAAGUGGUUUAAACACUAAAGAUGCCUUUCACUAAAAGGCUUUUCAAAGACAUCCCGCAUGGGCUCACUGCCCUUCUCCCAGGUGUAGCUCAAUGAUAGCAUACAAAAAGGCUGUUGAAUCAACCCAGAAGAGUGAGGUUGUUCAAUACUCCUUCUUUGCACUUGUUUAAGAGUCCUUGGGUCGGAAAAUGAGCCCCAAGAGCUUGCCUGACAGUGUAUUGCAUUUCAUUGCCUUGGCGUAAAGACACCAGAAAUACCUAAAUAGUUUUUAAAGCCACAUUGUCAUCUAUUCAGAGUACCUGCAUAGAAAAGAGAAUAUGGUCUUUACUAACAUUAUGCAUUUUCAAACCGGACAUUUUUUGCGGCAACAAAAAAGGAGGGAUGAGUGAGACAGAGUCAAUGUAAACUGUGGAGCUGGUGGGGUGGGACAGCGCUGUGUGUGUGUAAAGCUCACGCUGUAUAUUUACAGGCCGUGGCUCUUGUGUUUCUGCAAUGCCAGAACACAUUUUUAAAAUCUCUACGACUCUCACUUUAUUUAAAAAAAAACAAAAAAACAAUACCUAAACAUAGUGAGCAUAACAUAAUUGUAUUCAAGAAUAUUUAGGUCUACAUAUAAGAUAUAAAAAGGUUUAAGAUUAUUGAAAUCAAGCAACCAGGUUGCAUUGCUGUUUAUAGAAAUAAAAAUCUAGGGCUUUUCCACAAACAGAUUUAAAUAAAAGUAUCGUUUUGUUUCAUGCCUCUUAUUUCAUAAGGGUUCAAUAUGCUUUCAGCUAUGUCUAGAUUUUUUUUCAAGGUGACAUGAUGCACUUACGUUGCCACGUUAGAAGGAGAAGUAAGCGCAGUUUUGGUUUUGCGGAGCGGAAAAAAUGAAUAAGAGAGGGGCUUUUAUUCUGCAGAGCUCCAGUAGCUCAUUAGCACUUUGCCUCAGCGAUAAUUGCACUUUAACUAAAAACAUGUUUUAUCCGAUUAAUCGAUGGAAUAUUCAUUAGAAUACUUGAUUACUAAAAUAUUUGAUAGCUGCAGCCCUAUAAAAAUCCAAUGUUUUGUGUUUCAGAAAGUAACUAUGAGGUGCAGAUAGCCGAGCAGUUUAGGUGAUACCCAUGAAUGCAGGCUGCCCAGGUUCGAUUCCCCCCUGUGAUGUCUUUCUUGCACGUCAUUCCCCUCGCUCUCCCUUACAUCCGGCUCUAUUCAUUGUCCUCCAUCCAUCAAUGCCCAAAAGCCCCCCAAAACUCUUAAAGAAAAGAAAGUUAUUUCCACAAACAGAUUUUUAAAAAAGUAUCGUUUUGUUUCAUGCCUCUUAUUUCAUAAGGGUUCAAUAUGCUUUCAGCUAUGUCUAGUAUGUUUCCUCUGAGGGCCCACUUUAUGCCAAGGAGAGCUCUGGAAAGGAAUUGCUCACCGGCAUGCUCCUUGUGAACAAUAAACAUUCAAGGUUUAUUAAUCAUUUGCAAUUGUGCCGUAAAUAGUUUUGUUGAAAACAAAUUCAGUCUUUGAAAAAAAAAAAAAAAGUUUUAUUUUUAUUUUUAACAAAACUGCAUAAGAAACUUCUGCUUCCACAACUUAUCCUUCAUCUUCUGAAAGUUGAUUGAAUUUUUUAAAGUUUUGGACAGAUAUUGUUCUGGUUUUUAGUAGAUGUGAAAAUAACUACUUAAUCAUGAGAGAUGUUGAAUGAUGAACUGAUCAUGGAAAUUUUAAGAUGCAGUCUUGUUUGGGAUCUUGUGGUAGAAGACUUGUUUUUCCCUUUCUCUGUAGUGGCCUUUCUUGUAUGAUUGUAUAGUUACCAUUAGGGCUGGGCGAUAAACCCAAAAUUUACCAAUACUGAAAUUUACGACAAUAACCAACGUCAUAUUUUGUCAAAAUAUUCGGUGUCGAAAAAAUAAAAGUUGGUAGGCUAUGGUCUCAUGUCCCUUUAAGACGCAACUCGGAGACGUGACUCCACCCCAUCCAGUCCGUACCAAAGAGGGAAAGAAAGGUGAGGAGAUGGAGGACGGUUCAAAAGUUGGAGUAGCUGGAGCAGCGGCUGAAGUAGACAAAGUCGAUGUGGGAGGGGGUGAGCAGCUUGUGGAGUAGUUAUCGUCCAUUUAUCGUUAUCGAGGUGAACUGAUUGAUUUGAGGCCAUAUCGCCCAGCCCUAGUUACCAUGCCUUUAAUCAUGUGGGAGCCAAGUGCAUGCAUGUGAAACUUGUUUAAGAGUCUAGCAAAGCGGUGUUGGUACCCAUCUCUUUUUUUGAAUCAGACAUGAGGCAGCUGAUUGCUUGGGAACAUGAAGUUUGUAAUUAGAUUUUGGGACAUGUAAUACAUCUUGACAGCUGGUUUGGGUAUUCCAGCUCUCUGUGGGAUGUUUGGUGUCUCACAGUGUGAACUGUGCUAAUCACUCAUCUUCUUGCUGCUUGUGUUGGUUUGUGAAAGAGUUCGUUCAUAUUUGUGGCCACCCAAACAACACCUAUCUUUUUGAAUGCACCAGAGUCAAGGGAGAAUCUACAGUAUGCUGGAUAUCGUAUAUGAGAGGCGGUGAAAGGCAGUUUAGCAGGCAGCAAAAAAAAAAGAAAAAAAGCUGCAAUCUGUAUAACAGUGGACUGAAAUGAUAAUUAAUGAAACAUUUUUCCUCAGGAUAAUGGAGGGAAGGAAAAAUGACAUUAGGAGGGAGGAAAGGGAAGAAAGCUGUUCUUUUGGAGAUGGCGCUGCUUUUGUGUACUGUUUGUUUGAGUGUCAUGCCAUUGCAUUCUUCACUGAACCUGAGUGCACAGCUGAUGGCAUGUUGACCCACUUAAUCCACGAGCUUUUGUACCCCCUAAAUGCACCAGAGUCAAGGGAGCUUGUUUUGACUGAGCAGGAAGAAGAUAAUUGUUACGCUGACCUGUAUAAUGGGUUAAAAGAUUAAUUCGUGAUUCUGGGGGGUUAUCCCUUCUUUUCCCAUUUUUCCGUCUAAUUCUUCCAAGUUCCUCUUAUGACUCACCACUGCUGAAAUCCUUGAACCAAUCAGAAUCCAGCUCUCUCCCUCUCUCUCUCUCUCUUUCUCUCUCUCUCUGGUGCCCAGUCUACUCAAAGCAAAGUCAGAAAAAUCACUGUCAGUGUGCUGCGGCUUUAUCUCCUCAAGGCUAUCCUGCUUGUAAUGACAGAGACAAUGUGUCUGCAUAUUAAUCACUCGAUCUGGGUUGUUUUGACUGCAAUGGUCAUGUGACAGUAUAUAUUUGUAUAUGUCCUCCACAGACAUAUCCGCACAGAUACACCUUUUCUAAGUCAAGCUUGUCUUUUUGUAACCAGUGGUUUGGGGCAAUUGAGUAUCAAUGCUGGUGAUUUUCAUUCAGCUUUUGGCAACUUUUUUCUGCUGCUCUUUAUUUGAGGCAGCUUUGUGUGUGCCUGCUAUGAUACAAUGAAGGAUUUUUAUUGUGCUUGUCUUUUGUUUUAAUUGAAGGCAGCCCACGAGGACAUUUCCUGCCUUUAGAUAUAUUACCCAGUUGCUUUUACCUGUCACAGCCAGCUAAAUUUCCAAGUGCCCAAUAAAAUUAACAAUGUGUUUAAUGAUUUUUACGUGUUCUUCGACUUAAAUCAUGCCCAGAGUUCGGUCUGACAAGGCUCUUGUCAAUACCUGCUCAGCCACUAAUAUUUUAUGUGUCAAUGAGCGGUUUGUUAAAAUGCUGUUACAACUAGACAGUCUUUCUUUGCUACUACUUUAACCUCGAUUAUCGCUCAGACAGUAUUUGCUGAGAAAGUGGUAAAGAGAGAGGGAUGUAGAAACAAUAAAAAUAGAGCAAUGACAAACAUCAAAUGAUAUUAACUCACAGCUACAAUGCCAAUAAAAAGAUGGAAAUAUACCUGAUAUUUACAACUACAGUAUAUUCAAAGAUAAUACAUGUGUGACUGUUAGUAAGAGAUGUAAUAGUCACAGCAUAGAUAUGUAUUCAAGGCAUAGACUGUAUAUACUAUGGACAACUUGGUUCUGCCUAAAGUUUGUCCACAGCUCCAUAGGGAUUGCUGGAGGAGGUGGGAUUUAUGACCUAUACUGCAGCCCGUCACCAGAGGGUGCUGUUCUCGCGGUGGCUUUACCCAGCGAGGAGGCAGACGGCGUCUAUUCUAUAUACAGUCCAUGAUUUAAAGUGUUAGGAGCUAUGAUAAUAAAAUACCGGUUUGAGUCUUACUGUGGAUCAUACGUGUUCAAAUGAAGGAAUCAGUGCAAAAAUCUUCAUCAAGUGCUAUAAACAUGUCCUGAGUAUGAAGAUAUCAGGUGGGGGAUGCCACAAGUCCUUGUCUGUUUCAGUCCAUCUUAUUACCAGGGAAAAUGAACAAAUGUUGUUAUACAUAACAUUUACAAAGCACCUGUACAUGCAGCAGACAUAAUGAGAACUGGAUAAGCAGAUCACAUUUUCAAAACUAAUAAAAGUAAUAACAAAAUAAAAGUAAUGAUCAACACUAUAACAGUAACAAUACUACUACUACUACUACUAAUAAUAAUAAUAAUAAUAAUAAUGAACACAUUCUGUGACCACUUUGACCAGUAUCUCUAUAUUAGACAUUUCUGUAACAGUUGUUAUUUGUUAGUGGAGUUUCAAAUUUUUUUAUUGAAUAAACUUGUAAUUCUAUUUUCUAUGUAUACUGUGUGCAUCAUCAGACCAAGACACAUUUACCAUCUCUGCAUUCCUCGUACUAACUCUGACAUUUUCAUUUCUUACUGCUAUUUUUACAUUAAAAUGUUUUUUUUUUUCAUGUGCACAGAAUCACUCGCAACAACAAGAAACGCAAAAUGUUGUGUCUUGCUUUGGUAUGGACAUAUUUUAUUGACCAGUUUUCAUGUUUCUGUUUUGUUUCUCUCUCUCUCCUGUCAUCUGUAGGGGUUUGUGGUUGUUGCGGGGCACUCAGGCCCCGGUACAAGAGGCUGGUGGACAACAUCUUCCCAGAAGACCCAGAGGUGAGAAACUUGACACCCUGUUUCCUGUCUGAAUUUGAAAGCUGUUAUUGCUAAUGCAUUAGUUCGAUAAAGGGUGAGGCUGUUGUGAUAGAGAAAUGAGGUAUGGUCUCGAUAAAAAACGAGUGCACUCAUUAUAAAAACUCUGAAAAAGGGGAAAACCAUAAGCUGGACACCCUCCAUUUGUGGUCCAUGUAAAUGUAACUAUGAGCACUCUAUGUGCCAAAAACCAGAGCCGGGCAGUGAGAGUAAAACUCUGAAAACAUGUUUUCUUUCUUCAUAUUCAAGCUAAUGGUAUCGAUCCACAGAACUCCUCUUUGCUUCUGUUUUUAAUGAGAUCUGCUUCAGAUGAUUCACAAAGAGAAUGAAUUUGGGCUGAGGACAUUGAGCUCAAACUUGUGUCUCUGUGAUGCUGCAGUAACCCACUUUACCUGUCAGAUCUAUGGCCAGUAUUGCAAAAGGUAGGACAAACUAGUACACAUAGACCUCAUUUCCACGCUUAGGGUGUGCGUUUGUGUUGGAGCAACUGCUUGUUGUGCUCUCAGAAACGGUUUCUAUGUUUGGCUUCAAGCCUCUCUGGACGAAACUGUAACCGAGGAUGUCCCAGAAGCUGAGGAGUGAUGAAGCCACCUGAUACCCUUUACUCUGAAUAGUGUGUUCUUGGCGGGAGUGUGUGUGAAUGUGUACAUUCAGUGUGUCGCAGAGCUGUUCUCAGGCAAGUGGUGCGUCAGUGCUUAACCAUAUACUUGCCUCCACAUACCUCCACAGGAGUUUCACUUUAAGUUAAUCAGCAGGGAAUAAACUUAUAAAAAUCCUCAUGUUUUUCUUCACCCCAGAGAAGCCAACUCUGUGGGUCUAUAGUGCUACAAGGUUAUUUACCUAAAUGAACGAAAAACACAAAUUAGCUUUUUAUUGGAGGAGUGUUGUUGUGUAGUCAGCUGCCAUAUUCUGUUUGAGGGAUCCAUAAUGGAUUCUGGCCACAAGAUGUUUUAGAGCAGCAGGCUAGAGCAGCAGGCUAGAGCAGCAGGCCAGAGCAGCGCUGCCAGCCUGUGCUGACUGCUGACAUAACCCAAUAAAAGAAGAAUAAGCUGUUUUCAAACAGCAGACACAGCAGCAAUUUCUAACCUUAAAUGUUAUAGUAAAACAGAAACUGAAUCAUCUGGAACUGAAUAUGAAAAUGAAUAUCAUGUUAAUUAACCCGAGUGCAGCUGGAAAUAUCAAAAUAUCUGUUAAAUUAGAGAGUUGAAGCUAUGGUCAGGGACACAGGCAGACUUCAAAACUAACUUAAACAAGGUGACCAGUAUUGCUGCUUGCAGUAAAAGAGAUGUGAAGCUGUUAUUGAAAACACAGAUAGACCCAAGCAUUUGAAGUUUGAUUUCAAAGUUACAGACCCUGUGUUAGCCAAAAUUAAAUGCCAUUAAAGGUCUGUCUGUUCUGCCUCUAGCUGUUCUCCAGCCACUGUUGAAAUGUAACUGUUGGUUUAAAGACCCACUCCGAUGAAAAUCAUGUUUUUCUUGUUGUCUACAUGUUUAUAUGGGAUUUUUCUGAUGCCACAGGAAAUAUCAUAAGAAAAGUAAGUGCAAAAUUGCAUUUCUGAGUUUUUCUACAUUCAAUUCACUGUGAACCUCUCACAGACCCAAACAGCAGGUUCAGAUACAGUGAGAUUUCCUACGCAUGAAAUCCAAGCUCUGCCCCUGGAGCCCCUCUAUGCAAGCCAGGCUCCGAGAAGUAGAGAGGAUGAUCGUGGAACAAGCGGUGCAUUAGCAGAUUGCAAUACUUGUAAGAAAGCUAAUUACGAAAAUAACUUUCAUGAUGUCUCCAAAGACAUUUGUUUCUGAGAGCUGAAUAGCUCCUAUGUUACCUACUACUUCUGCUCCACUGCCAAUUUUAGGCUACAAGCUAGCAUGAAGAAGAGUGUGCAGAGCAGGUCUGUCACCGCCCACGACUCAGAGGCAAAUUGCUAAUGAUCUACUGGAGGUUUGCAGAAGUCCUUCAAAUUGACACAGGUAACAAGAUUUUGGCUAAAAACUUCAUAAUCACAAUUUGAAGACCACUAAGAACACUUUAAGUGGUUAAAAAAUAAAUGAUCAGAAAGGGACUUGAACCAAGAGGUUGAAUAUUGCUAUGAGGAACUUUACAAUUUCUGCCCUUCCAGUUGAAAUAAGUAUGAAAGACAAAAACUACAAAUAACUCUAGAUGAGCAAAAAGACGAGAGGAAGAUGCACUUUUUAUUUAGAAAAGGUAAUGAUAACAGCCUUGUGAGGGCUGAAGCCGAUACAAUACCAAUUAUGUCAAAAGGCCAUUAACCGAGCAGUGAAUUAGUCAGUCACUAUUGCCAACUGUAGGCAUCAUGCAGCUGUGCACAUAUAAACAUCCAAGUGUUCCCUCGCUAGGGUAAACUGAGUAAGUCUAAAAUGAACAACAAUACAGAGCACAAGAAAAAAGUAGAUUCUAUCAGACAUUUCUACCUGUAAGAUGUUUUGACUGUCAGGACUGAAGGAAUCCUCUCAUGAUUCCAACCAAAGUUAUCUGACAAACUGUAAGACAGAUCAUAUCGAAGACUGUAUCUCAGAUAGUACUUGUAUAAAGGUUAUCAGCACUUCCGUGUAUUAGUUGCCAUUGACCCAAAACUUUUAAAAGAGUGAAACUCUCUGUAACAUUUACCCUAAAAAAUAAUCCGUCUCAUGAAAUAGAUAAAAGGUUUCAGUGUUGCUUUGUUGCUCCAACAUCAAGGCCGGUCGUGUCUAAAAUUGGACUGUUUUGACUGGUUAUAUUUGGAAAGCUGGUGUGAUUUUUGAGGCUGGAUCUCUUUGUAAAUAAUGAAUGAUCCUUUCCUGAGUAUCACAGUUGAUAUUUUUAGAGUCAUUCUGUCCUGUGAAGCUAUGUGCAGGGUUCACAGAGUUCAUUCUGCCUGUCCUCAACUCUCCACCACCUUACUGUCCAACCAAAAAGUUAACAGUGUUGGCCCUGUCGGAAUGCUUUCUGGACCCCAGUGGACUUGAUAUGUCUUAAGCUCCCACUCGACCUCUGACGUGCUUGAAAUAGGUUAAAGGGGGAAAGUUGGAGACUAAGACUUAGUGAUCUAGUUAAAGUCUUUAGUUUGCGUUUUGAGUGACACACGGCACUGCACACACUCUUGCUUUACUUUCAAACUGCAGUGCUUUGAAAAAGGUAACAUAAACUGUCAGACUCUGUUCACUUUUUCAGUUAAAAUGCAAACCAGGCUUUUCCUAGCUGAGGCAAACAGUCUUGUCGUCAGUCCUGUCCAGCUGCAUCUCUGUUCAGCAAAGGCACCCGCCUCAUGUGCAUCCAUCAGACACUGACUGAUUUUCAUAUUUGUAUACCUCCUCCAAAGCAUGUGAAUGAUACCCUAAAACUUUUGUAUUGUCUCUCUUGUUUUUCUUUCUUUUUAUGCCAACCUGUCACCCUCUAAGGAUGGUCUGGUGAAGGCCAACAUGGAGAAGCUGACAUUCUAUGCCCUGUCAGCUCCAGAGAAGCUUGACCGUAUCGGAGCCUACCUGUCUGAGAGACUCUCAAGGGACGUGGCCAGACACAGAUACGGGUGAGCAUCACUGGUCUUUCAAUCAAAAAUAGUCUCAGGAGGAAACGGUCAGGCUGUCUCUGUCUCGGCGAGCUCUGUUUUCACACUUUACUGUAUUAUUUAUUCUCUGUCUGUAGGUGACUUCAAAGUGUUAAGUGAGACUGAAUUUAAUAAAUGAAAUGGCAAAAAUCCCUCAGACUCUUAGCAGUUACAAAAAUAGGAAAGAGCGGUCUCUCAUCAUAUACAUAUACAGGGUUUCCUCCAGGAUUUUUUGAAACCAUGAGCGAGGUUUACCCCCCAACCCAGAGAAGCAAAAAAACAAAAAACACCACCACAACUUACAACUUUUAUACAAAAAAGUAUACACAUUUAGCCUUAUCUUGUGGUACAGUUUGCAGCCAGGCUGAGAGCACUUCAUUGAACACAUUUAAAUAUGACACUUGCCAUGGUGCUCAUGAAUAUCACUUCUAAUCAUCUGAACAUGAGGACAUGAAGUCAUGAUAAAUCAAGAACAUUAAACCUCUCUGUUAUCCUCCAUCACCUGAUUCUCUUCCUCUGGUUUCUUCCUCUUUCUCUGAAAAUAUUCUGAUAUGGGCUCACCUUGAAAAUGUGACCAAGAAUGAGUCAUUACAGAAAAACCCGACAUCGUUCUGUAUCUCCAAAUGUAACUGUAACAUCAUCUGAAAAAACAUGUGAAGGCCCAACUUUGUAUCAUAAACAGUAGAGUGGGACAGGAACUUGAGACUCCAUUUUUAGUUUUUCAAAAUAAAGUUAUUUGAAGUGCAGUGUCACAUUUCAUUAGUACAAUUCCACACUCUUAUUAUGGUCUGUAAAUGUGCGUGAAUAUAGACUUUAUGUUUAUAUGGAUAUACGAUAUAAUUUACAUUGAAACAUCUGAAAAAAGAUCAUAAUUCUGAAGGCAUGGCAGCUUUUAUUUUGGCACCACAACCAUUUACAUAGAGGCGGAAACCCUGAUAAAUCUUCAUAGAUGUUUCUGAAAGUGUCUUUGUAUAUAAUAAAUAUGUGUUUAAUUAUAAUAUAUGUGUGUUUAUGUAUAAUAUAUGUGUGUUCAUAUACAAUAUAUGUGUGUUUAUAUAUAAUAUAUUUGUGUUUAAUAAUAAUAUGUGUUUAUAUAUAAUAUAUUUGUGUUCAUAUAUAAUAUGUGUUUAUAUAUAAUAUAUGUGUGUUUAUAUAAAAUAUUUGUGUUUAUUUAUAAUACAGGUGUGUUUAUAUAUGAUACAUGUGUGUUUAUAUAUAAUAUAGGUGUGUUUAUAUAUAAUAUAUGUGUGUUUAUAUAAAAUAUGUGUGUUUAUUUAUAAUACAGGUGUGUUUAAAUAUAAUAUAGGUGUGUUUAUAUAUAAUAUAGGUGUGUUUAUAUAUACUGUAUUUGCCACAUGCUAAUCAGAUAAGAAACCCACUAAAAUGUGCUGUUUAAGCAUCAGUGUUUAUUAUCUUCUGUAUAAUCAGGUUUCGUAGACUUCGUGUCUAAAGCAGCCAUCAGAUAGGAGUGAGAGGCUGGUUAGUCAGGUUGUUGGGUGAUGUUUCUGUACACCCUGUACUUACUUUGUAAGGCCCAGAAGUUGUUGUCUUACAUGACUCAUGCCUGGGCUGCUCUGUGAGGAUUCACACCAAUGCAAACAGCCUGCACAGAUUACAUUUACACUUGCCAGGGUCUUGCUUCAAAUCUGCUCAGGAACUGAGUCUCCAGAGUUUUUCGGUCAGAUUCUAUCAUGAUUUGAUCUUCUGUUGCCUCGUUCAGCUUGACAGUUAACAUAAAAGAACAAAUUCUCAGUGUCUAUGUUUGAUAUCCAGAUGCAUAUUUGCCAACAGGAUUAAUGGUGCUAUCCAGAUGUCCCUGUGUCCCCCCUCCUCCUCAUUAGGUAUGUGUGCAUAGCCAUGGAAGCCCUGGACCAGCUGCUGAUGGCCUGCCACUGUCAGAGCAUCAACCUGUUUGUGGAGAGUUUCCUCAAGAUGGUGCGCAAGCUGCUGGAGUCAGACAAACCCAAUCUGCAGAUCUUAGGGACCAAUUCUGUGAGUUAAAAGGAUUAUAUGAUUUCUUUUUCAAGAGCUGAUGAAAAAUGUUCUGUUUUUCUUCUUUCAAACUACUCCACAAAAGCCUCCAUGUCCUAAGACAAGUGCUCUUGGUCUUCUUUUAGGAUAUGCAUUUAUUCAACUCUUAACUUUGAUGUUCUGAGAAAAAAAGAAAUUGAAAGAUGCGUUCUAUAAAACUACUGAAAUGUGGUUACUUUUAACUGUCGUAAAAAUGUGGUCAUAGUUCAAGUAGUUGGAUUUAUUCAGCAUUAACAAAUUUUCUGUUUUACGAAAUUACAAAUUUACAAACAAAAUGUACUCAUAUUUAAUUCUUUAUUGAAGUUAUUCCACUGGUUCACUCUUUUCACAGAUACACACUUCUUUCUCAAAUGUUGGCCUUGCCUUUUUUUUUGUUCUUUUUUUACUUUUCCUCUUGCUUUGUACUGACUUUCACAGUUUUCAAAUAACCACAGUAAAUAAGUUAGUUGUGCUUUGUUGAUUUGAUUUUGAUUUCUUCAGCUGAAUCAUAAAGAGAACGCAGAUACAUAAAUGAUAAAACAGUUGGAUAGCAGUUGUCACGUUGAUCUAUAAUUUAGAAUAUAUCUGUACUGCUUUAUUUAUGGCAGUUUUUGAAAAAUUAAAAGUUUCAAUAAGCUAAAAUGGACUCCGCACUAGGAUUUUUGCAAACAAAGUAUAAAAAUAACUGAGAUACUUUUUUUCUAUUUUAGAUACAUUUUGCUAAAUUUUCUCAUCCAAAGACCUUUGGUCACUAAUGUGUCUCUAAUGUUUCGAAGCUUUUCUGCUGCAUGUCCAUUUGAGUGGAUUUAGAGGUAUUAUCCAAUCAAAAUUUGACUGGUCACGUCUACUUUUCUGAUGCGAUGGCACACAGUAAAAUAUGUUAACCUUGAGAUGAACACUUGGUUUAGUAUUUGAGGAAAAUUCCGAGCCAGAGUAUUGGACAGAGGGGGUGGGAGAGAGAUGAGUAUCAGCUGAUACGGGGAGCAGGUUUAAGCAGCAGGUCAGGAUAGGACGUACAAAGGAAAUCAGAUUAGCUGCACACCAAACUCUCUGCAGUCAUCUACUCAGAUUGACAUGACACGCCAACCUUGCACUCAUAAUCUUCAUGCUAUCAAUCUCCCUCGCGCACUCUAAUGCAUUUAGGACAAAUACAAGAGCAUACGCUUAAGCAGUCACACACACAUCUGUGCUGAGUCAUUAGACAUGCAUCACAGUGUCACACAUCAGUCCAGUCGAGGAUUUGUGUAGUGUGUGCUAAUUUAAAGCUUUGCAGAAAGAGUCAUUGUACUUAAACACUGUUAUUACAUUCAAGUGGGAUGAAUUUCUCUGUAAUGGAAACCCCCAAACUUCUCAUGCAUAUGACUAUUUAUAUUUUUUUAGUUUAUGCUGUAUUUUUCUGCUAAAGUUCCGGAAAAGGAACUUUCCUUCUUCGGGGGAACUGUUUGUCUCAUCUAAGGCAGAUCAGUUUCGAGGAGAGGAGAAGGGAGCGGAUUAGAGAGUUUAUCACCACAUGACUCAAGCUUGGCCAGGCUGCCUCACACUACUUUUCACUGACCUUAACCUGUCUCUGCAGCAGAGCCCUUUCUAAUACACACCAGCACAGCAGUGAAUGAGCUGGUGUUACUGUCAGCUUCUCGUUAUUUAUAUUGAUGUAUUGUGAAAGGAGAAGACUAAAAGGCAGGGGGUUUAGUGUCUCUUGAUACAGUCAGUUGCAACAAAAGGCCUUUAUAAAAUCAGCUCUUAUGGCCUCUGGUUUUAGACUCAUUCUUAAAGCUUUCAGUCAGAUCGAGAGUACGAAUCAGUAGAGGAAGUGUUGAAACUCUGAUACCUUAAAGGCAUAUUCCAGUGUCAAUUUAAGUUAUGGUCAAACACACUGUAACACAGAGUUACACACCCUCUAGAGAGAUAAAUGUUGUCAACUGCUUACUUCUCUAGUUGUACCAACUUUUGUAACGAUUGCAGGAUAGCAAUACACAGCGGUCUAUGGCUCCAUGCGCAAACCUCAACUCAAAAGCUACUCUAUAGCCACAAAUAAUGCUCAGAACAGCAACUAACUUCAUCAACAGUACAUAUGGGGUCCCAGCCAUAGUUCUAGCCACCAAACAUCUUUUUAAAUUUGCCUAAUUUCUUUAGCAAAGAAACCAAACACAACUCGCCUACUCUCUUCCAGCAGCCGCAUGUUUGUGGGGGAGCCCUGACGAGUUGAUCACCAAAUGCAGCGGAAAAUUUAUGAUCAUUACUUCAUGGAAAUGCAAUCAGACCGAGAUGCUAAGGCAGAAGAACUACUGCGUCUGCAGUGCACAUACAAGAUACAUAAGAACUCUGAUUGUAUUUCCAAGAAGUAAUGAUCAUAUUUGUUCUUCCUUGAGCUGCGAAACUCCGCUGCACUCGGUGAUGGACUCGUCAAGGCUCCCGCACAAACAAGCGGCUGCUGGAAGAGAGCGAGUGAGUUGUGUUUGGUCUCUUUGCUAAAGAAACCAGGCAAAGCUAAAAGGUUUUUUGAUGGCUAGUGCUAUGGCUGGUACCCUGUAUGUACAGUUGAUGAAGUUAGGCGCUGUUCUGAGCAUUAUUUGUGGCUAUAGAGUGGCUCUUUGGUUGAGGUUUGCGCGUGGAGACGUAGACUUUUGUGUAUUGCAUAAGCGGUCGUUGCCGAAGUUGGUAUAACUAGAGAAGCAAGCAGUGGGGUAAAUUUAUCUCUCAAGGGGUAGUCUAACUCGGUGUUACGGUGUGUUUGAACAUAACUUAAUUUUACGCCGGAAUACCCCUUUAAAUCUGUCUGGUGUACCUUAGUAGCAUUUCUACUGGGCAGCUUCCAGAUAUCAGCUUCUGCAGCAAUUUACUGUGCAGCUUCACAAGAGCAGUUAUGGCUUCACUUCAUUUAAUUCACUCAAGAGUGCUUUAUUAAUCACAGCCCCACUCCAAAUACUCACUGUGCACACAGGAAAUAGAUUCACAACAGGCGGCUUUAGAUGUUUAAAUGCUUCUUUUUAUUCUCUCGCUAUGGGUUGCUGCACAAAUCCAGCCUGCUUUCUUUGAACGAGGAACUUAUGUAGUUUAAUCACCAUCUGUCUAGCUGAAUAUUCAAAAUAUAAUUACCACAACAGGUAGAACUCUUUCUGUCAGGAUUCUAAACAAGUGCAGGUCAUAAUUUAUUAAAUGGAGAGUGUUGUGAAGCUAAAUGUCAGCAUGUUGAAAUGGUGACAUUUUGAGGCUCAGUGGGAGAGCUUCCCUCUGCCCUGUGACUGUCACUUCUAAUGAGAUGUUAUGUCACUGUUUGACUUUAAUUUAGGAGAUAUACACUGUAGGGAUCCGGGGUUAUUUCAUUAAAGAGUGUUUAAUCAAAUAAGAAUAAACUUUUAAUAACUUGGCCUCACUAAUUAAAAUGAAUCUCUGGAGUUUUUGAGUCUCAGCCUGACAUGAAAAUGACUUUUAAUUUUCCUCCUGUCCCUUCCUUCCUUCCUUUCUCCCUCUCUUCUUUCUUUCUCCAUCCUCAGUUUGUGAAAUUUGCCAACAUAGAGGAGGAUACGCCAUCGUACCACCGCAGCUAUGACUUCUUUGUGUCACGCUUCAGUGAGAUGUGCCACUCGAGCUAUGAGGACCCUGACAUCCGCACCAAGUAAGUGGACAGAUGCUUGAUUUUUUUUAUUUUUAGUAACUGCUGCUUUAAUCAACUUUCAGGAGUCUGUUUUGGACUCCUGCCGACCCCUGACAGUCUUUUCUUGUCCUACCAAAUUUAGCCCUCCUAAAAGUGAUCUUGUUGUCUUGUGCUGAAAUUAGACUAAACAAUAUCUUUGAGUGUUAAAGAUAGCUUUGCCGAACCUCAGGCUGACAGCCAAACAAUGAAGAGAACAGGAUUAAAAAAGAUACUAAUAUAACUUCCUAAAUAUAACCGUCCAUUUAUAGAUUCACUCAAAGGAUGUCUGUGUUUCUUCAAGGAUUCGGAUGGCAGGUAUCAAGGGUCUGCAGGGCGUAGUGAGGAAGACUGUGAAUGAUGAGCUGCAAGCCAACAUCUGGGAUCCUCAGCACAUGGACAAGAUCGUCCCCUCACUGCUUUUUAACCUGCAAAGUGGAGAGCGAACAGAGAGGUGAGUAGUGAAAAAGAAAUGCCUGCUGAACAUCAGACCUGUUAUGGUAGUUUUUUUAUUAACGCCUAUUUAACUGAUGUUGGAUUUAUGUCCUCUGCAUGAUAAUCUCAGUUGUUUUUGAGAUGACUUCAUCCUUUGUUUUGCAUAAACUUUCUUCUCUUAUUUUUAAUGGUUAUCUGACUUAUGAGACCAUCUGAAAUAUAACACUCUAAGGUGGAUGUUGUAGAAUAUUAUGAAGCAUAUGACCAACCUCACAUUUUGUGUAUAGAUUAAGAAAAUUGAGCUCUCAGACUGUUAAAAAUUUCUUUCAAAGUUCUCAUCAAAACUUUAUCCAUUUUUCCGUUUGGUUGUCACAUAUAUUUGCCAUCGUCACCUACAGUAUAUGCCAGCGUCUAGCUAAACAACAACUCGAGCUGUGAUGUUGUUUGUGUAAAGAAUGAACUUGUGAUUUCCUGGAGAGCAUUUACUGACACUCAGGUGUCAGGAAUUUUGAACCCAAUAAAUUGUCGGUGAAAAGUGCUGCCAGUCAGGUGUUACAUACUCUGUGCAAACAGAGUCCAUUUCUGACGUUUGAGAUCCAUGAGUCUGAUCACAGCGAGACUCGCUGCCCCCAGCCAGUCGGGCAAAUUUAAAGCAUGGCAGAAAUUUUGCUGACAACAUGUACUGACACAGUGAAAGCAGGGCCAUGAGUGAUUUCCCCAGAUUCAGGGCUUUUUUUUUCAUGAUUGCGUCUGAGAAAAAUGGCAGGGAGAGUUUGUUGUGUUGAGUGUGAGUGGAGUGGGGCUACGUCAGGACCUUAUUUCAAAAUCAUGGUCUCCACCCACUAUGACUUUCAUGAUAAAUUUAAGGUAGGUUUAUCACCUUUCUGACAGGCCAGCCUAAAACUGACAAAGAAGUAGCUUCUCAAUAGUCAGCUUUGAAGUGGUGCUGUUGAAUUUGAUUGCAUUACAUUGCACAGAUGUUCAUAAUGGAAUGGCAGAUCAAUGUAGAACCAUAUAUUAUAGAUACAGAUUUAAAAGAAGUUUUAUUGCAGUGUGAUUUUUUUUUUUUUAGGGAAACUUUUGAUUAUUGUCAAAGCUCUGUUCUGGUAUAAGUCAUCCCAUGUGAGUACUCAGGCUGUGCUUGACAGUAUAGUGUGGCAUUUACUAGGGGUGGGAGAAAAAAUCGAUACAGCAUAGUAUCACAGUAUUUUGUCUGGUGAUGUAUCGUAUCGUCUCAUUUACCAAGUAUUGAUUUUUCAAAUUAAUUCCUAAUAUGAAGUCAAAUCUAUGAUAAUAAAAAAAUAAAAUCAACUGUUUGUUCAGUGAGGUUGGCAGAGGUGACAUCAUAGAGCAGGAGAAGGUUAGUGCUACAAAUAUAGCAGCACCUGGGGAGGGACAUUAGGAAUGCAAGCAGGGCACAAAUGAGAUGGACAUGACACUAAAGAUUUGCAAGAUGUGCCACAAGAAAAUAAAAUACUGUCUGAAUAAAACAAACAAAGGAAAGACAAAUGCUUAAUUAGCUAAGCAGUUGAAAAAAAUUGUUUAAAUUGCAAUAUAUUGUAUUGCAAUACUCACUGUACUGCAAAAUGUUAAAAAUCGCAAUAAUAUCGUAUUGUAGCCCAAGUAUCGUGAUAAUAUUGUAUCGUGGCCCAUGUAUCGUGAUAAUUUCGUAUCGUGGCUCAUGUAUCAUGAUAUAAUGGUAUUGUGGCCCAAGUAUCGCAAUAAUAUUGUAUCAUGGCCCAAGUAUCGUGAUAAUAUCAUAUCGUGGCCCAAGUAUCGUGAUAAUAUCGCAUCUUGGCACAAGUAUUGUGAUAAUAUCGUAUCGUGGCUCAAGUAUCGCAAUAAUACAGUAUCGUGGCCCAAGUAUCGUGAUAAUAUCGUAUCAUGGCUCAAGUAACGUGGGGACACUGCUGAAUCCCACCCCUAGCAUUUACGCACAGUGUAUUCCUGGCCUUACUAUCCAGAGCAUGAUCAACAAACUAACUGUGAGGCUGUCCUUGUUGCCCCUGCUGUUUUCCUGGGGUGUCACUCAAAAUGAUAAAGGUUCAAAUACCAAAUAUAUUAGUCCACAUAUCGGUCAGCUGUUGCUUUUUUAUUUAAGAUCAAAUGACCUACAGACUUGCAUAAAAAAAAAAAUCCUGUCUACAGUUUAAUUUCAGCUUCACUUUGACCACAUAGCCUUCACACUACAGGUCAAAAGACAGUGCCAAAAGUGCAUGUGGACUGUGAAAGUUGAUGACCUUAAAUGUGUCUGUUUUGACUCUGCCACAUUGGUUCUACAGUAGCCAACCACCUUCUUUUCAUCCUGUAUGAGGUCAUAUUUGUCCUGGCAUGUGUGUCGUUUAUCAUCACUAUCAUCAGCCCCAUGAGAAGGCACUGACAGCUCUGCAGUAGUUAGGGCAUCUGUUGGUCCACCUGCAGCACCAAGGACAAAAAAACACUAGAAGAAACAGGAAAUUUGAGUGUUCGACAUGGAUGGAUAAUAAGAGCAUUGUAAGCACUGAUGGCUAGCAGUUUUCAGUGGGAGAGAGAGAGAGAGAUGCAGAGUCUGAAGCCUCCCCCCUCUUUGGCAGAUUUCCAUGUACUGACAUUCGCUUUGACGUCAAUGCUGAGAUCUGAAGGUUAAGGGGGGAAAGUGGGACAGCAGUGAUACGAACACUAAGAUCAGGUGGAGAGAGUAGAUAAUAGAGCGAAGAAUGAUUUGAAAUGUGGAGGUGAUUAUAAAUGAGAGAGAGACAGAUGGACAGAGAUAGACAGACACACUCAAGCAGAGGGACACAUUUACCUCUCAGCUUCCCGUCACUGUUUGUGCAUGUGUGUAUGUGAUGCCCCUGCUGCGUGUCCUCCAUUCCUCCCCUGCACUGAGUGUAGCCAGACAUUACCAGCCUAUGAAACCCACAGCAGUCAGUGCAGCCCACAGCAGUCAGUGCAGAGUCUAAUUAAACCCACAGAUGGUGCAUUUUUCUCAACAUUAAUCCCCAUGCACAAGUAUGAGUUCGUUCAAAGAUCAGCUUCAGGCACUGACUAAUUUAUGGAAAGUUUAUUUCUGGGGAUACUGAAAUCUGACGUGUUGCAGAGAACAAUCAUGAGCAUGAUUGAUUGGUCUAAAUGUGAUGUGAAGGUGCUUCCAAAGGCUACAGAUUCUCGAGGCAACCUCCCUGCAGGCAUUGCCUCAGCAGAAAAAAAUUGAAAGGAAAUGAUUCUCACCUUAAGUAUUCUCCUUUGCACUUUCUCUACUGACUUACAAACAGCCGAGCUGUCUGAUGAGGUAGACGUGAGGUCAGCCUGCUGUAGGCAAAUGGUCUCUGAGAGGACAGUAAUGCUUUCAAAUCCUCAUGCAAAACAGUUCCCCCUGAUUUUCCGACUCAUUAGACAAAAUCUGCAGAGGAUGGCAGUUUGGGUGACCUUAAAGUGAAGUCUUCUUUGCAUGCUUUUAAAAGCACUUUUUAGUUGGACACAGGUCGGUGAGAAUUGCAGUAUAAAUGUUCAACCUUUGAUCAGCAGGAAUUUCAAUCUCAACCAAGGUUGAAUUUUUGAUGCACGAAAUGAAAUUGACUGAAGAGAGGGAUUCUAUGAUUGUGAGCCAUGAACUCUAUUUUUUUUUUUCUAUGUUAGAAUUUUGGGGUGUUGAUGGUUCAUUGGUACAAAACCAUUUUGGAAAUCGCUGAAGUUUAAGAAGCUUUCUGGGUUCCUACACAGUUGGAAUUUCUAUACUGUUCCAUAUCCUAAUUUAGGGCUGGGCGAUAUGGCCUCAAAUCAAUAUUGCGAUAUAUUGAGCAGUUAACCUUGAUAACGAUAAAUGGACGAUAACUACUCCACAAGCUGCUCACCCCCUCUCACAUUAACUUUGUCUACGACGGAGUCACGUCACUGUCCCUUUAAGACAGUGUCUUAAGACAGUGUCUUAAAGGGACAUGAGACCAUAGCCUACCUACAAACAUCUAAAACCAACUUUUAUUUAUUUAUUUAUUUGAAACAGAAUAUAACAAUAUGGGCAAGAUGACGUCAGUUAUUGUCAUAAAUUUUGGUAUCGGUAAAUUUUCGGUUUAUCGUCCAGCCCUCCCCUAAUUUUUUUGAACUAUUUUUGGAAAUACCUACUUUUCUCUUUUAGACAACAGUACUUUAGAACUGUGGUUAUAGUGUGGAAACAAAUAUUUUUCCAUACUCUAUUUUUCAUUUUCAACACUUUAUAAGACCUGGAAAUUGAUCAAAUUUAUUUUCAUACUUACCAUACUAGUGUAGGAACCCUGUUAAGAUGUGAAACAGGCUGCUUCACCUUCCAUCAUUAUUUGUGAGGGCAACUGCACAAGAUCCAAACACCUGAACUUGAGGCAUAACAGACUGCUGUCACUAUGCCAUUGUACUUUUAAACUGAACCCCACAACAGAAUAAUGUUGGUGUCCAAGUGUGUGAUUUUAUGCAGCAUUGGCACCAUGUAUAAAAUCACAACACAUGCUGCAUACAGUAUACACUUAAAAAUACACCUACUGAUUACACUGUGGCUCUUUCACCUCUGUUACUGCUAUAGACUGUACAAAUAUGGAUGGAGUCUCUGUGACAUCACCUUCUGGUUUCUGAACAUACGUUUUUCAGCCCAGUGGUGGUGAGGGCCUUGUUGGAAAUGCUGACUCAACCGAACCCAUAAUCAACCAAAACACAGCUUGAAGGCUGGCGUUAAAGGGAUAUUCCGGGAAAUUAAGUUACAUAUAGGGUCCCAUCCAUAGUACUAGCCACCAAACAUCUUUUUAGCUUUGCCUGGUUUGUUUAGCAAAGAGACUAAGCACAGCUCACCUACUCUCCUCCAGCAGCCGCUUGUUUACGGGGGUGCCCUGAGGAGUCGAUCACCGAGUGCAGCGGCUCAUUUCCAAGAAGUAAAAAUCAUCAUGAUAACCAUUUUGCACUGCAGACACGAUAGUUCUUCUGCCUUAGCGUCUCGGUCUGAUUGCAUUUCUAUGAAGUAAUGGUCAUAAGUGUUCUUCCUUGAGCUGCGAAACUCCGCUGCACUCAGUGAUUGACUCGUGAGGGCUCUUCCUUCACGUUUUACCAUUACACCGGUUACCGUUACAUCCCUACUCUUCUACGGUGUCUUUUCCACAAUAAUGUCAGACAUUGGAUCAAAGCAUCAAGCUGAGCCUUUUAAGGCAAAGCAAGCACUUUUUAUGCAACUCUAACUGACUGUAAGUUGUGUCUAUUAGUCUCUUUUUUUAUUUAGCUUGAAAUAAAGAACCAUGUCUAAAGAUACACAAAUUAGCCUUUCAGUUUCUGCUGCCGAAGUCUAAGCGGUUUAUUAAUCCUGUAUCGAAUUUUUCUGCCUUUUUUUGGAUUUGUCUAAAGUCAGAAAAUGAGCCACAGACAGGAAGGCAGCUAUAUUUCCUUUACCGCCGCAGCAGCAGACAAGAUGAAAGUGUUAGGCUGUUAAUAAAUAAUGUCAUCAUUGGUGGACCACCCGAGGCCAGUCAUGACCAAGAUAGAGUUGUGGCGGAGGUUUUAAGUAUGCAUGAGAACAAAGGACGGUAAGACCUGGUGUCAUUUAUCACACACUCUUGCACACUUGUACAAACUUGAGCACAAACGCAUCUCUGAAAGUCAGAGCAGAAGUGCAUAUCCCACAGAUUUGUACAUGUUUAAAAGCCCAUCUCUGUCAUCCAGUCUUAACCACAGACACUGCAGUCAUGGAAGUUAUCAAGAGAGGGACAAAUGCAAUAACAAAACAGUCUGCAGAGUGUUUUUGUGUUGAAAAUUGAGUCAUUUUAAGAUGUUAUUGAAUCCUUAUAAACUCUCCGAUUCUUCAUUCUCUCCCUCUCUUUUUUGUCUCUCCUCCUCCUAACUCUCCCUCCCCCUCCUUUCUCCCUCCCUCUUCUCGCUUCCUCCUGCUCUCUUCCUCCUCUGCCUCUUUUUCUGCUUCCUCACCUGCAUCGCUCCCGACCAGCCGCUCCCCGUCUCCACUGCAGGCGUCGGAAAAAGAGAAGGAAAGCCCGGUGGAGCUGACGGAGCGCUGCUUCAGGGAGCUGCUAGGACGAGCUGCCUAUGGAAACAUCAAGAACGCAGUCACACCCGUGCUGAUGUGAGACCGCCUUUAAAAAAAACUCCUCUAUGCAUGAGAUCAAACCUUUUUUUUCUAUAUUGUGUUUUAACUUCCAGGUAGGAUGCAUAUUAGUGCAGUGUUGCAGCAUUUUUAUCAGUGUUCUAAUCAGUCUGACAAAUGAAACAAGGUCAGUGCAAGGUUGUGUUACUGUUGUUGUUGCAAAGAUCUGAGUGCGUGAUUGAAGGACAGUAAUCUUAAAUAGUAUUUUUCAAUUUUCUUUCGCUGCAAGGUUGUAAUGUAUUUUCAGUUCGAGUUCCCCCUUUCAGACAGACUCCCUGCUUUUCUUAAAACCUUUUAAGGUCAUCAUCCUUCUACUUCUGGUAUUUCUGAGGACAAUCCUCUGCAGUAAACGUCCUCCUUCUAGUUUGUAGAAUUUCUGUACAUCUUCCUCUCUCUCACUCAAUCAUUCAGUCAAUCUCAACUGUUGUUUUUUUCUGUCAGCCUCUGUUUGCGCCAAUGUGUCUGCCUCUCCGAGCUGCAGACACUAACACUCCUUUUUUAAUGGCUUAUUAUUAUUAUAUGCCUGUCAUAUAUACACACACUCACUGUUUGCACAACUUGGCUUUUCUGCAUCGUAACGAGCGCAUACGGCCAUUCCUACUUUUUCGGCUCUCGGCUCGAAUAAAUGACAUUUUCAAUAUGAGUUCAGCAGAAUAGGGGACCAAGAUCUCCUGAUGACACAGUAUAUUAUAAAUACAUUUUUCAUAUGCGGGCAGAAACUCAUUUUUAUAAUAAUGCGCUGUUUCUGAAAGCCUCAUUGAUCAUUUUAAAGGUAUCAAUAAUACAAAACCAGAAAGUAGGGUGUUCUAUCAUGACUCCCCAAAAAAUGCAAAGGAGAAUUGAAAUUGACAACAUUUGAGAGUCUUGCAGCUCUGUAAAUGUGUGUAUUGAUUUGUCUUCUCCACAAUCCCUGUGAGUUUAAACUCUGGUAUUUUCCUCUGCAGUGUUGCUUUAGAUGCAGUUAUUUUUAUGUGUGUUUUUUUGUUACAUAUUUAAUCCAUUGAUCUCAGGUUUCCUCUUAUUAGUCCUCUCAGUUAACCUUACUUGUCAUCGCCGGUGAGACUGGCUCUUCUGUUUCAUUCUUUAAAUAUCAAUCUCACUGAUCCCUCACUCCUUGCAGUGAAACUCUGCCCUCGGCUAUUUUGCGGUUUUAUUGCACAAAUUUUACAUCUUACAGCAACAUACAUAGUGAAAUGCUUAAAUGACUCCUCGUUUUUAACAUAUUGAUUGUGUUUUCAUAGCAGCAUAUUUUAAUUCAUGUACGGUGUGUAUUCAGACUUAUUGUUCAGACAAUGCUUCAGUGUUUUUUAUGAACUAUUUUUCCUAAAAGUGCAAAAAUCCACAUGCAGUGUUGACGUCUCCUUCUUUUAGCACUUCAGAUUUGCCUCCUGUCUCUUUCUGCUUCUCAUCACCACUGCAUUAUUACAUCUUCUGUAUCCUCCUCAUCUCUCUCUCCCCGUCUCUAUUCCCUCAGGCACUUAGAUAACCACUCUCUAUGGGAGGGGAAGACCUUUGCAGUGCGUUGCUUCAAAAUCAUUAUGUACUCCAUUCAGGUGAGUGAUACAGCACCAACAAAUCAGCCCAGACCUCUACUUCACCAGAUUUUUCUCUCUCUGCUUUUCACUUCAGCAGCCAAACACCCAGACGCAAGAGCAACGUCAAGUGAUUUGCAGUGUUUAAAUGUUUGAAAGUGUUUUUCCAUGAUCUGGUGUGGAAAUGCAGAAACAUGCUACAGAAUUUAUGCAGAUUUCACUCAUCAUUUACUUUGAGGAUUCCUUUUUGGCAUCAUCCUUUUCUCUCAAAGCUGAGAUUUAUUUUUUACCUGAAUAAAAAUGGCGAGUCAUCGGUUUAAAGGUUGCCUCCAGUUUUCCUUUCAUGUCAACGCACUUACUUUCUCUUCCUUUCUGAAAUCUGGUUUGAGUCAUUUUUCUUCUUCUUUUCAUCUCCUGUGUUCAGUCCCAACACUCUCACCUGGUAAUCCAGCAGCUUCUCGGCCACUUGGAUGCGAACAGCAAGAAUUCAGCCACGGUGCGAGCUGGCAUAGUGGAAGUGUUGCUGGAGGCAGCCGCCAUCGCUGCCAGCGGCUCUGUAGGUGAGCAGAAUGGCAAACACACACACACACACAUACACAGACUGGCUUGUGUGAUAGUGGAAUCAGACACAUGUGACAUCAGAUUUUUGAGUGAAAUCGUCUGAUGAUAAUUUGUAUGCAGGGCCCACAGUGCUGGAGGUGUUCAACACUCUGCUGCGGCAGCUCCGUCUGAGCGUCGACUACGAGCUAACCGGCUCCUAUGACGGCAGCACCAACAUCGGCACCAAGAUCAUCAAAGCUCAUGAGGAGAGGCAGCUGCAGGAGGCCGUCAUCAGGACCAUCGGUGAGUCUGUGGGCAGUGUGUGUUUGUUUGUGUGUACAACUGGAUGAGUUUGUGUGCUGUUCUUUUCUGAAUCUCACUUGUAUCUGUGAUGGAGGUGUGUGCGCACAUGUGGGUGUUUUUCAUUUACAGAUCCGUAUUAAUAUCGCUCCUCUCCAUCCCACGCCCAUUUCUCUGUUUCUCUCGCUUUCAGGUUCAUUCGCCAACACUCUUCCAACAUACCAGAGGUCAGAGGUCAUGCUCUUUAUCAUGGGCAAGAUCCCUGUCCCUGGAGUGCACCCAGCUCUGCUCUCCACAGGCUCUGGGUAAGCUGCUCAUAAAUCUGCUCAACACAUAAUUUGAAACUUAAAAUGAACACAAUCUGAAAACAGCCCACUGCCCUCUCAAAACUCCACACCUCCUGUGCAAAAUGUAGCUCAGUGCUCCAAAACCAUGUCCUCUCUCCUCUGAACUUAUUCCUUCCACCAAAACAAUACACACUGCUAUUAUAUGCUCAUGUCUAAAGAUUAUUGAUCAAAUACUGGAGUAAAAGGAAUAUUCCGGCAUAAAUUUAAGUUAAGGUCAAACACACCGUAACACUGAGUUAGACACCCCCUUGAGAGAUGAAUGUUGUCCACUGCUUCUCGAGUUAUACCAACUUUAGCAAAAACUGCACAAUAGCAAUACACAGCGGUCUACGUCCCUAUAGCCACAAAUAAUGCUCAGAACAGCACCUAACUUCAUGAACAGUACAUAUAGGGUCCCAGCCAUAGUACUAGCCACCAAACAUCUUUUUAGCUUUGGCUUAUCUCUUUAGCAAAGAGACUAAACACAACUCACCUGCUCUUCUCCAGCAGCCGCUUGUUUGUGGGGGGGGGGCCCUGACGAGUCGAUCACCAAGUGCAGCAGAUCAUUUCCUUAAAGUAAUAAUCAUCAUAAUAAUCAUUUUGCACUGCGUGGUAGUUCUUCUGCCUUAACGUCCCGGUCUGAUUGCAUUUCCAUGAAGUAAUAAUCAUAAAUGUUCUUCCUUGAGCUGCGAAACUCCGCUGCACUCGGUGAUCGACUCGUCAGGGGACUCUCAAAUUCAACUCUAAAAGAUACUGGUUCAAAUUCAAUGCGGAGAUUUAUCCAUGUGAUAUGGGUUCAGAGAUUUGCAAAACCGUAACAUAGUAUGAUACUUGAGUGAGACCAAUGAAAUUUUGCUCAGAGUCGAGCAGUUUGGAGUUUUGUUGUUGAUAAUUUUAGAAUCUAUACAUUUGAAAAAAAAAAAAAGUUAUUUAAUUUGUGUCUUUUUUUGAUUUCUCCUUCAGGCCUGAGGGCACCAGGAUGAUCCAGGUUAUGUUGCUCAAAUCACUGGUCCAGGUAAGAGUUAAACCUGUUCUUCUUUCCAUACUUUUGAAGCAGGAGUUCCAGCUGUAGUUAAAAUAUUCUCCUAAAUGCACAAAUAUGCCAGUGCUCUUUCGAAUGACCUGCAUGACUCCAGACUUAUCUUUCUGUGAUCUCCAGAACUUUGAUGGUGAAAGAAAACUUGCUUUGUUAAACAUAGUAAGCUUAUAAAAGGGCACAUCCGUGUGGACAGUAUGGCUGUAAGAGGCAGAUCAGAAGGAUAUUGUCAAAGAGUCCAAAAGAAUGUCAAAUGCUAGAGUUUCUGAAAGUCUUUGCUGACUCUACUCUGUCUAUCAGAUUUUUUUUUUGUUUCUCAGAUAUGAAAAUAACCGAGCAGUGUUAAAAUUUAAAAGCAUCUGAUCUUUCCUCUCUUAGGUGACAGCAGGUUACCAGACCACCAACAUGCUGACAGCGCUGCCCAGUUCGUUCCUGGAGCCGCUCCUGUCCCUCUCUCUUACAGAGGAUCCAGAGGUCAGACUGCUGGUGCUCCAGAUCCUAAUCAGUCUUAUUGACAGGCAUGAAAACACUCCCAAGUUCUCCAACAUCAGGUGAGUGGCCGUGUGUUUAGGGGCAUGUCAGUUUAGGUGGAAGCUUGUCUUUAACAUGAACUUCAUUGAGAGUAUAUGUUGAUCUCCUCAUGGCUUCUCUACCUAGCAUCAUCUCAGACAUCUCCGUGCUCAAGCUCAAAGUUGACAAAUGCUCCAGGCAGGACAACCUGUUCAUGAAAAAGGUGAAACUUUUACAUUUAUACACGUCCAAAAGGUACACUUAUUAGAAUGUAGGGCUGCAGAUAUUGAAUAUUUUAGUAAUUGAGUCUUCUACUGAAUAUUCCAUCGAUUAAUCGAGUAAUCGGAUAAAACAUAAUUUUUCCUAGUUAAACGUCCCGUAAAGAACUUUCAACUAUAUUUGAAAAAAAUCUCUCGUUCACCAGUAACAGCGAAUGAGCCCAUCUGUGUGAAGAAAAGCUAUUUCUAAAUAGUGAAAAUGGGGAAAACGGGAGCCAGUGGUCGAGUCGGGACCACAAAUGAAACCAUUUAUGGCACUCAAACCAGAGACGACACACGUUUUCUUCUCUUUAUCAUGCACUAAAAUUGCGCAUAUUACUGUAUCAUUUUUAUAUCAUUUUUUGUAAUCGAGGUACUCCAGGAAUCAUUUCAGCCCUAGAGAGUUGUGUUUUACAUUUACUACAUUUAAGAUGAUCUCUAAAUGUGGAGGUAGUAAUAAAAAGGUAAUCUUCUUCUUACAAUGUCUCUCAGCUGAAACAAGAAGGAAUGAAGCAAUUUGCUAACAUGAUCAGAUUUCUGCUGAGUAUUCAAUAAAAUGAUGAACAAUUUUGAGAAGAGUGGAGAAUGUCAUUUAUGGAGAGUUUGUCACCAGUAAAAAGAGGCUGUUUUGUUCAAAUCAAACAGAAGACAUUUUAGGAGCUUCUACCAGGUCUUCAUUGUGGCCAAACAGUUCUCCAGAGUGACGAGGCCGCUGUAGUCACCAAGGUUCAAAAAGACAUGCAAGUGUCAAUGUCUUGGCAUAACAGUGAAACCGAGUACAAUCAAAAGAAUUCAUGAUCUGAUCCAGGUGAAGUUUCUCUAAGGUCAAAAGUAUGAGACAGAAAAUUGACUCCUGAGGCACCCCAUAGAGUUUAGGGGAGCAUUAAAUGGGUUUAAACUAUACUUGACUAAACAAACUAGUUAAAAAAGUCUUGUCUAUUUGUCUUCUCACUCACAAUCCUCCUCUUUUUCCUUUUUAUCAAGCAUGGCCAGCAACUGUACCGACACAUUUACCAGGGCUGUAAGGAGCAAAGCAGCGGCCGACGGCACUACGAGACCCUCUUCACUCUGCUGGCUCUUCUCAGCGUGGAGCUUGCCAAUGAAGAGGUGGUGGUGGACCUCAUUCGCCUGACACUUGCACUGCAGGUAAAGAUGUUGUGUGCCAAUGUCUUCAUGCAGACACUCAAAGUGGAUUUGUAUUUGAACACUGAAUGAAAAUCUUGCAAUGAAUAAAAAGUGAGACUUCAGUUUAUUGAAGUGCACAGCCCACUUUUCAGCAAAGGUUUUAUUUGAGAGGUUUUUGGUUCUUAAACGAGGCCACACUCCAACCAAGAGAUCCCUGUCAUUGUCAUUCUCUCUCUUAGGACUUGGCGCUCACCACAGAUGAGGCUCUGCCCGUUUAUAACCGCUGUGCUGUUCACGCUCUCGCCGCCGCCUACCUCAAUCUUAUCUGCCAGCUCACCACCGUGCCAGCUUUCUGCCAGCACAUCCAUGAGGUCUGGAAGUGAGCUCCUCUUUGAAUACAGUCAUGUCAUUUGUGUGCGUCUGAAUACUAAGAGCCUCUUUAUUAAGCUUCCCCCUCUGACCUGCAGGUGAUCGAGGUGAGACAGAAAGAGAGUCCCUACCUUUUGCCUGAGGAUGUCUUUGUUGACACUCCAAAGUGAGUACUGGCCAUGUUUCAUCCUCCUUAUUCUGAAACUAUGUGAUUAUUACAUUUUAUGUUCAAGGUUGGACUGGGCGAUUUGGCAAAAAAUAAAUGAUCAUGAUAUAUUUUGUCAUCUCGAUUAUUAUCAUGAUUUUUUUGUUUUGUUUUUAAACUGCCAGUUUUAAAGCAUCUGUACUAAAAACUAAAGAAACUAAAGAUUAGUUCAACAUUUUAUUAAUAUGCAAAUUAAAUAAAGUAAAUUGAAUAAGAUAAACAUAGAAAAAUAUAAAAAUCAUUUUAACUUAACAGUUGUAUGUAGAUAAAUACUAAAUAAUACAGUGAACUAGUUUACAGUCCUGAGUGUUUUUGCAGGUAUGCAAGACCCAAAAUAACUAAAUGGCUUCUUGAAACGAUUAAAAAGAUCUGUUGUGUUGCCGAUUUUGGAGGGCACCAUCGCUGACAUACCUUGCACAUCGGGUUAAUGUCGUGGCUGACAUCUAUUUUGCUGCCUUCAGCUUUUUCCGUUUACCUUUCUGGCAACUUACAGAAGUGAGCAGGAAAAGCUCGACACUGAUUGGCUGUUCUGACGCACAUUUCCGCUAUAUUUGAUCGAGUAAAUAUGCUCAGGGCUGAACAUUGUGAUCAAACUGAAAUUUAUCACGAUCAUUAAUCAUGAUCAUAUAAUCGCCCAGUCCUAGCCCACUGAGCAUUUUUUGGUCUAAUAGACGUCUAAAUGUAGCCUAGAUGACUGGUCUAAAAAGUUUUUUAGACGUCUAAAUUUAGGCCAAGUUUAGACCAGCCAGCUAACAGAGAUCUAACUGUAUAUUGCUCAAUAGUUAUCAUAACUAUUUUGGUUAAGUACUUGGAGUUCAGUUUUGCAACUCACAUUUGCUCUUUGAAAUAAAUAGUUAUCAAAUAAUUGGUUAAAGUGCAAUAACUAAAUUCCGUCUAAAAAUACACAGAAUCUAGAUGGUUGAAAUUAGGUCUAAUAAAAAAAAAAACUAGAUGUCUAACAGCCAUCUUUUGCUCAGUGGGAGUUCAAGGUUUUCCUCUUUACCGUAAUUUUAAAAUCUGCUCUCUUUCCCCUCUCAGGCUGCCCUCUUCACUAGAGAAGGUAGAAGGGGAUGUUCUGUUCCUUCAGUCAAAGAUCACUGAGGUCCUUGGAGGCAGUGGUUAUAACACAGAGAGACUGGCUACAUCUUACGUCCCACAGUAUCCUGGUAAAGAGCUUACACAGUAUAUCUUUGGUGUUAUGUAACGUUACCUCCACAAAUUUUAAAACUGUAUGGAAAAAACUGGGGGAUUCUUCAAGUGAGUAAUGUCUGCUGUCUAAGUCAAUAUUGAUAAUGUUCAUUGAGUUGCUGGCGUGUUGCAGCUUUGUCUGGGUGCUUUAUUGAUCUUUGUUGGGAGCAGGGGCUUGAAAUACUCCCCUGGAUCUGGUGGGGAUUUAGUGUUUGGUUAAAUGACACUUCAUCAGGGGCAGACUUUUGAGCCAAGAUCACUGAUUUUAAAGGAAAAUCCCUCUCAAACUCCAGCAACCAAGUCUCCACAUUUCCUUUUACACAUUGAUUUUUGGAAGCUAAAACACUGAUAGAUGUUUGUCCAGGAGAAUGAGUGAUGAGCUCUAUAUUUGCAGAUGUGGAGCAACUGAACAAGAGGAGGAGCAUUGGAGAGACCAUCUCCCUGCAGGUGGAGGUGGAGUCCCGAAACAGUCCAGAGAAAGAGGAGGUAAAGAAGUAAAAGCAGUCAUAACCACUUGAAACAUUUAAAGGAGUUUUUUUAAAUUGUAUACAGAGUUGUUUUUUUUAAAGUAUCCAUUAUUGUUUUUCAUCUUUUUUGCAGCGGACCCCAGCAGAAGAGAUCACAUUUGAAACCCUGAAAAAUGCCAUAGGUAUAUUUAUAUUUAUUUUCCUAACUUAAAUGUAUAUGGAGCAUCUUUUCCAACCUUUUCUUUUUUUUUUUGAGCCACUACUGUGUUUGAAGGCAAAGAAAAAAAACUGACAUUUAUUUUUGCUUCUCUCAUAAGCUGCAUGAGUUUAACACAAUAAGCAACCAAGCUACAGGAAAAACAUGAAGUGGUGCUCUGAAUACAAAUGGAAAUAUUACCCUGUUUUGUCUCCCUCUAGUGGACAGUGUGGGUAUGGAGGAGCAGGAGAGGGAGCGAAGGAGACAGGUGGUAGAGAAGUUCCAGAAGGCCCCCUUCGAGGAGAUAGCUGCCCACUGCGGUGCCAGGGUACACAAAUUAUAUUUUCUUUUAGCUGUUUUUUUUUCUGACCUUUUAGUUACUCAUUCAAGCUCUGCAUUGUUGUUAAUAUGAUGUGUUUUUUUUCUCUUAAGGCGACACUGCUGCAGAGCAAACUCAAUCAGAUCUUUGAGAUCACAAUCAGGUAAAAGAUGUUGGUGAUUCAAAAGUGGAAUAAUUCUGAAUAAAAAAGGUGAUUUAGGUCAGUGAAAGUGACUGUUUCCUCUUUUAUUUUCAGACCCCCACCCAGCCCGUCUGGAACCAUUUCAUCAGGUUACGGCCAAAACCAGAGUCGAUCUGUUCCCAUUUAUGAGAUGAAGUUUCCCGACCUCUGUGUGUACUAGAGCUGAAAAUCCACUGCAAAACUGUUGAACAUUUCAGGAUAGAGAAAGGGUUUUGGGAUGAGAAGGGCUUCUGAUUCUCACUGUAACUGCAUCGUGAUCAUAGAUUAAAACCGACAAACUAACCCUGGAUGAAAUGAAAAAAUCUUGAUCCUCUAAAUGCCACAAAAACAAACUGGAUCAUUUCAAACAACGUAGGAGUAAAACUAAAGAUUCUCUAACUACUUCCCUUAUUAUAAGUUAGUAGAAACUCCACAGGUUAAAUGUUACCAAGAACUGUGAGGACAACAUUUAUUGGCAAAACUAAUGCUCAAUAUGUUGCAUGGGCUAUAACUGGAACUUUUUAGUAGCUCCUAAAAUUUCUUUCUUUUGGUUUCUCGCAGGUUGCCAUACUACCCUUAAUCACACAGCAAGAUUAACCAGUUAUACUUAUUCAUUAUAUACACAAGCUUUUUUAAAUUUUUGUUAGUUGUUUGACUGGGAGGAGUGUGUAUGAACUAGGUGCAUUUCAUGAACUUGAUUUUGUGUAAAUUUAAAUGCGAUGUUGGUGGAUCCAUACAACAAGAAUACUCUCCUUUUCCAUCCUCCAUGUAACUCCGCUCUAGAAUACUCUUCUUCUUCUGCGUUUUAAUGCUGUUUUUGUUUUGCCUUUUUUUAGCAUUCGCCAAAAGUGCUUUUUUGUUUUACGACAGGCAGUUUUUAACUGUACCUCUUCAUAAUUUAUCGCUUUUAAGUCGCAAUUUCGGAAAGCGGUUUACCGUCAAUCUGUGUGCUAUCCUCCCAAAGUGAGUGUGCCUUACAGGUGACUCAAGUUAAAAGAAAACACACACUGGUCCACAGUCACGUACCGUCAUGUUGACUAGAAACACUAGAAGAUGAUUGAUCCUUUAUUUUUCUCCUUUCCAUAUAAAUGUGUAUAUACAGAGAAAUAUAUAAAUCUUUAAGCCGAUGUACAGCAUAGGAGAAGUUCGUGUGUGUAUAUUAUGUAUAUUGAUUCUGAUUUUAGACUGCCACUGCACUGAUUGUGUCCAUGAGCAAGAGAAGAAGCUUCUCGGUUAGUUCUACAGAUGUUAAAUUCAAAUAACAAGCAACACACUGAAAUCAAAAAGAUGUAUUCUCAACUGUCAGAACAGCGAACAGCAGAGGCCAGUAAUAAACACUAGUGAAGCUGAAAGCAUCCUGCUCAAGUAUGGAGGAGCUCAUUUUCAUAGAAGACCGUUUCUUCCACAACAUUUUUGACAACACCACAAUCAUAACCUGGUAUAUGUUGCCAUAACACACCCAGUACUGCUGCAACAACUUUGCACUCUUAUUAUACCACACUGCUUCUGCAGCAGUCUCCAAGCAGUGCAUCUUUCUCAUUCAGCAAGGUUUGAGUAAGUCUAAAAGCCAUUUCGUGUGCAUGUGCGCACACACACACACAUACACAGGUAAAGACACUAAGUAUAAUGGCAAUAAUUUGGCACUAGCCUAGUGAAUAUGGCCCAACUGUUGGUAGCAGAUGCUUCUGUGUGUUUGAAAUUGUAUCUCCUGUGCUGUGAUGGUUGUGUUUUUGUAAAGUUGUGAGAAACAGCCUCUCCUGUUCUGCUUCUGUGCUUUGAUGAAAUAACUGCAUUUGGCGCAAAAUAUGUUACAACCAUCCUGUUUAAUGUAAAAAUGCCGUCUGGUUUGUCUCUGAUCGUCAUGUGUUACAGUCCAGUUGUUUUAUUUCGACUUUUUCAUUUUCAAUACUAUUUCCUGUAUACAUAUUUAUGUCCACACAUGCCCGUGUGUAUUUGAUUGUCUGUUCAUGUUUAUGUGCUCAGUGUCAGUGCAGGUGUGCGUAUGACUGAGUAUAUUUGUCCAUGUGUCUGUUUGAACAUUUGAAACAUCAUUAUUCAUGACCAAACUCCAAACACAGUUUACAGUUUAUUACGACCACACCCAUCAAGAGUGAGCUAUCUAAAGCAACGUGCAGCUGUCUGAACUUUCCAGUGACACCUUGUGUGUAAAAUCGUCUCUUUCGGCAUCUUGCGACUUUGCAGUGAAGACCUGUAAAUUUACAAGUGUGCUCGUUGUCAUUGCAUAUUGUAAUGUAAUAUUAACUGACGGUAAUCCAAUCUUACUUUUGUCAUUACAUGUCUGGUUAAUAGAUCUGUUUACAAAGUAGUGCUGUAGGUCAAAUCUAUUCAUUCUGUGAACUUUGCACUUUAAAAACUGGAUUACCUAGUGACAAAGGCAGCUUUUACUUGGAGAAAAUGCCUUAUGAGUAACAUACCUGAAAUUGCAUGCUUGUGAUGUUGUGUUGUACAAUAAAUUUAUCUGUAAACGGAAGCAGUCUCAUUUGUGUCUAACUGCAUACUGU